AUGGACGUGGACGUGGACAUGGACGUGGACGUGGUCGUGGACGUGGACAUGGACGUGGACAUGGACGUGGACAUGGACGUGGACAUGGACGUGGACAUGGAUGUGGACAUGGACGUGGACAUGGACGUGGACAUGGACGUGGACAUGGACGUGGACGUGGACAUGGACGUGGACGUGGACGUGGUUGUGGACGUGGACAUGGUCGUGGACGUGGACGUGGACGUGGACGUGGACGUGGACAUGGUCGUGGACGUGGACGUGGACGUGGACGUGGACCUGGACAUGGACGUGAAUGUGGACGUGGACCUGGACAUGGUCGUGGACGUGGACGUGGACGUGGACAUGGUCGUGGAGGUGGACGUGGACGUGGACGUGGACGUGGUGGACGUGGACGUGGACAUGGACGUGGACGUGGACGUGGACAUGGACGUGGACGUGGACGUGGACAUGGACGUGGACGUGGACAUGGUGGACGUGGACGUGGACGUGGACAUGGACGUGGACGUGGACAUGGACAUGAACAUGGACGUGGACGUGGACGUGGACGUGGACAAGGACAUGGACGUGGACAUGGACGUGGACGUGGACAUGGACGUGGACAUGGACGUCGACAUGGACAUGGACGUGGACAUGGACGUGGACAUGGACAUGGACGUGGACAUGGACGUGGACGUGGACGUGGACAUGGACGUGGACGUGGACAUGGACCUGGACGUGGACGUGGACGUGGACGUGGACAUGGACGUGGACGUUGACGUGGACGUGGACAUGGUGGUGGACGUGGACGUGGACGUGGACGUGGACCUGGAAGUGGACGUGGACGUGGACAUGGACGUGGUCGUGGACGUGGACGUGGACGUGGACCUGGACGUGGACGUGGACGUGGACGUGGACCUGGACGUGGACGUGGACGUGGACGUGAACAUGGACGUGGACAUGGACGUGGACGUGGACAUGGACGUGGACAUGGACGUGGACGUGGACAUGGACAUGGACGUGGACGUGGACGUGGACGUGGACAUGGACGUGGACGUGGACAUGGUGGACGUGGACGUAGACAUGGACGUGGACGUGGACAUGGACAUGGACAUGGACAUGGACGUGGACAUGGACGUAGACAUGGACGUGGACAUGGACGUGGACAUGGACGUGGACAUGGACGUGGACGUGGACGUGGACGUGGACAUGGACGUGGACAUGGACGUGGACAUGGACGUGGAUAUGGACAUGGACGUGGACAUGGACGUGGACAUGGACAUGGACGUGGACGUGGACAUGGACGUGGACGUGGACAUGGACGUGGACAUGGACGUGGACGUGGACGUGGACAUGGACGUGGACAUGGACAUGGACGUGGACAUGGACGUGGACAUGGACGUGGACGUGGACGUGGACGUGGACAUGGACGUGAACGUGGACGUGGACGUGGACGUGGUGGACGUGGACGUGGACAUGGACGUGGACGUGGACAUGGACGUGGACAUGGACGUGGGCGUGGACAUGGACGUGGACAUGGACAUGGACAUGGACAUGGACAUGGACAUGGACAUGGACGUGGACGUGGACAUGGACGUGGACGUGGACAUGGACGUGGACAUGGACAUGGACAUGGACGUGGACGUGGACAUGGACGUGGACAUGGACAUGGACGUGGACGUGGACAUGGACGUGGACGUGGACAUGGACGUGGACAUGGACGUGGACGUGGACAUGGACGUGGACGUGGACAUGGACAUGGACGUGGACAUGGACGUGGACAUGGAAGUGGACGUGGACGUGGACGUGGACAUGGACGUGAACGUGGACGUGGACGUGGACGUGGUGGACGUGGACGUGGACAUGGACGUGGACGUGGACAUGGACGUGGACAUGGACGUGGGCGUGGACAUGGACGUGGACAUGGACAUGGACAUGGACGUGGACGUGGACGUGGACAUGGACGUGGACGUGGACGUGGACAUGGACGUGGACGUGGACGUGGACAUGGACAUGGACGUGGACGUGGACGUGAACAUGGACCUGGACGUGGACGUGGACAUGGACGUGGACGUGGACGUGGACGUGGACGUGGAAGUGGACAUGGUGGUGGACGUGGACGUGGACGUGGACGUGGACAUGGUCGUGGACGUGGACGUGGACGUGGACAUGGACGUGGACGUGGACAUGGACGUGGACGUGGACAUGGUCGUGGACGUGGACCUGGACAUGGACGUGGACAUGGUCGUGGACAUGGUCGUGGACAUGGACGUGGACGUGGACGUGGACAUGGUCGUGGACAUGGACCUGGACAUGGACGUGGACGUGGACGUGGACAUGGUAGUGGACGUGGACGUGGACGUGGACAUGGUCGUGGACGUGGACGUGGACGUGGACAUGGACGUGGACGUGGACAUGGACGUGGACGUGGACGUGGACGUGGACAUGGACGUGGACGUGGACGUGGACAUGGACGUGGACAUGGACGUGGACGUGGACAUGGACGUGGACAUGGACGUGGACAUGGACAUGGACGUGGACAUGGACGUGGACGUGGACAUGGACGUGGACGUGGACGUGGACGUGGACAUGGACGUGGACGUGGUUGUGGACGUGGACGUGGACGUGGACGUGGACAUGGUCGUGGACGUGGACGUGGACGUGGACGUGGACGUGGACGUGGACGUGAACAUGGAUGUGGACAUGGACGUGGACGUGGACAUGGAUGUGGACAUGGACGUGGACGUGGACGUGGACGUGGACGUGGACGUGGACGUGGUGGACGUGCACGAGGACGUGGACGAGGACGUGGACGUGGACAUGGACGUGGACAUGGACGUGGACGUGGACGUGGACGUGGACGUGGACAUGGACGUGGACGUGGACGUGGAUAUGGACGUGGACGUGGACGUGGACAUGGACGUGGACGUGGACGUGGACGUGGACAUGGACGUGGACGUGGACGUGGACGUGGUGGACGUGGACGUGGACAUGGACGUGGACGUGGACGUGGACAUGGACGUGGACGUGGACGUGGACAUGGACGUGGACAUGGACGUGGACGUGGACGUGGACGUGGACAUGGACGUGGUGGACGUGGACGUGGACAUGGACGUGGACGUGGACGUGGACAUGGACAUGGACGUGGACGUGGACGUGGACAUGGACGUGGACGUGGACAUGGUGGACGUGGACGUGGACAUGGACGUGGACGUGGACAUGGACAUGGACAUGGACAUGGACGUGGACAUGGACGUGGACAUGGACGUGGACGUGGACGUGGACAUGGACGUGGACAUGGACGUGGACGUGGACGUGGACGUGGACGUGAACAUGGACGUGGACGUGGACGUGGACGUGUACGUGGACAUGGACGUGAACGUGGACGUGGACGUGGACGUGGUGGACGUGGACCUGGACGUGGACGUGGACAUGGACGUGGACAUGGACAUGGACGUGGACAUGGACGUGGACGUGGACAUGGACGUGGACAUGGACGUGGACAUGGACAUGGACGUGGACAUGGACGUGGACGUGGACGUGGACGUGGACGUGGACAUGGACGUGGACGUGGACGUGGACGUGGACAUGGACGUGGACGUGGACGUGGACAUAGUGGUGGACGUGGACGUGGACGUGGACAUGGUCGUGGACGUGGACGUGGACGUGGACAUGUACGUGGACGUGGACAUGGACGUGGACGUGGACAUGGUCGUGGACGUGGACCUGGACAUGGACGUGGACAUGGUCGUGGACAUGGUCGUGGACAUGGACCUGGACAUGGACGUGGACGUGGACGUGGACAUGGUCGUGGACGUGGAUGUGGACCUGGACAUGGACGUGGACGUGGACGUGGACAUGGUCGUGGACGUGGACGUGGACGUGGACGUGGACAUGGUCGUGGACGUGGACGUGGACGUGGACAUGGACGUGGACGUGGACAUGGACGUGGACGUGGACGUGGACGUGGACAUGGACGUGGACGUGGACGUGGACGUGGACGUGGACAUGGACGUGGACGUGGACGUGGACAUGGACGUGGACGUGGACGUGGACAUAGACCUGGACGUGGACGUGGACGUGGACAUGGACGUGGACAUGGACAUGGACAUGGACGUGGACGUGGACGUGGACGUGGACAUGGACCUGGACGUGGACGUGGACGUGGACAUGGACGUGGACGUGGACGUGGACGUGGACGUGGACAUGGUGGUGGACGUGGACGUGGACGUGGACGUGGACAUGGUCGUGGACGUGGACGUGGACGUGGACAUGGACGUGGACGUGGACAUGGUCGUGGACGUGGACAUGGUCGUGGACAUGGACGUGGACGUGGACGUGGACGUGGACGUGGACCUGGACGUGGACGUGGACGUGGACGUGGUCGUGGACGUGGACGUGGACGUGGACCUGGUCGUGGACGUGGACGUGGACAUGGACGUGGACGUGGACGUGGACAUGGACGUGGACGUGGACGUGGACGUGGACGUGGACGUGGACAUGGACGUGGACGUGGACGUGGACGUGGACGUGGACGUGGACGUGGACGUGGACAUGGACGUGGAUGUGGACGUGGACGACGUGGACAUGGACAUGAACAUGGACGUGGACGUGGACGUGGACAAGGACAUGGACGUGGACGUGGACGUGGACGUGGACAUGGACGUGGACGUGGACGUGGACAUGGACGUGGACGUGGACGUGGACAUAGACCUGGACGUGGACGUGGACGUGGACAUGGACGUGGACAUGGACAUGGACAUGGACGUGGACGUGGACGUGGACGUGGACAUGGACCUGGACGUGGACGUGGACGUGGACAUGGACGUGGACGUGGACGUGGACGUGGACGUGGACAUGGUGGUGGACGUGGACGUGGACGUGGACGUGGACAUGGUCGUGGACGUGGACGUGGACGUGGACAUGGACGUGGACGUGGACAUGGUCGUGGACGUGGACAUGGUCGUGGACAUGGACGUGGACGUGGACGUGGACGUGGACGUGGACGUGGACCUGGACGUGGACGUGGACGUGGACGUGGUCGUGGACGUGGACGUGGACGUGGACCUGGUCGUGGACGUGGACGUGGACAUGGACGUGGACGUGGACGUGGACAUGGACGUGGACGUGGACGUGGACGUGGACGUGGACGUGGAGAUGGACGUGGACGUGGACGUGGACGUGGACGUGGACGUGGACGUGGACGUGGACAUGGACGUGGAUGUGGACGUGGACGACGUGGACAUGGACAUGAACAUGGACGUGGACGUGGACGUGGACGUGGACAAGGACAUGGACGUGGACGUGGACGUGGACGUGGACAUGGACGUGGACAUGGACGUGGACAUGGACAUGGACGUGGACAUGGACGUGGACGUGGACGUGGACGUGGACAUGGACGUGGACGUGGACAUGGACGUGGACGUGGACGUGGACAUGGACGUGGACGUGGACGUGGACGUGGACAUGGUGGUGGACGUGGACGUGGACGUGGAUGUGGACGUGGACAUGGACGUGGACGUGGACAUGGACGUGGACAUGGACGUGGACGUGGACAUGGACGUGGACGUGGUCGUGGACGUGGACGUGGACGUGGACAUGGUCGUGGACGUGGACGUGGACGUCGACGUGGACCUGGACGUGGACAUGGACGUGAACAUGGACGUGGACAUGCACGUGGACGUGGACAUGGACGUGGACAUGGACGUGGACGUGGACGUGGACGUGGUGGACGUGGACGAGGACGUGGACGAGGACGUGGACAUGGACGACGUGGACAUGGACAUGAACAUGGACGUGGACGUGGACGUGGACGUGGACAUGGACGUGGACAUGGACGUGGACGUGGACAUGGACGUGGACAUGGACGUGGACAUGGACAUGGACGUGGACAUGGACGUGGACGUGGACGUGGACGUGGACAUGGACGUGGACGUGGACAUGGACCUGGACGUGGAAGUGGACAUGGACGUGGACGUGGACGUGGACGUGGACAUGGUGGUGGACGUGGACAUGGACGUGGACGUGGACGUGGACAUGGACGUGGACGUGGACGUGGACAUGGACGUGGACAUGGACGUGGACAUGGACGUGGACGUGGUCGUGGACGUGGACGUGGACGUGGACAUGGUCGUGGACGUGGACGUGGACGUGGACGUGGACCUGGACGUGGACGUGGACGUGGACGUGAACAUGGACGUGGACAUGGACGUGGACGUGGACAUGGACGUGGACAUGGACGUGGACGUGGACGUGGACAUGGACGUGGACGUGGACGUGGACGUGGACAUGGUGGUGGACGUGGACGUGGACGUGGACGUGGACGUGGACAUGGUCGUGGACGUGGACGUGGACGUGGACAUGGACGUGGACGUGGACAUGGUCGUGGACAUGGACAUGGUCGUGGACAUGGACGUGGACGUGGACGUGGACGUGGACGUGCACGUGCACGUGGACGUGGACGUGCACGUGGACGUGGACGUGGACGUGGUCGUGGACGUGGACGUGGUCGUGGACGUGGACGUGGACCUGGACGUGGACGUGGACCUGGACAUGGACGUGGACGUGGACGUGGACGUGGACAUGGACGUGGACGUGGACGUGGACGUGGACAUGGACGUGGACGUGGACGUGGACGUGGACGUGGACAUGGACGUUGACGUGGACGUGGACAUGGACGACGUGGACAUGGACAUGAACAUGGACGUGGACGUGGACAUGGACGUGGACAAGGACAUGGACGUGGACAUGGACGUGGACGUGGACAUGGACGUGGACAUGGACAUGGACGUGGACAUGGAUGUGGACGUGGACGUGGACGUGGACAUGGACGUGGACGUGGACAUGGACCUGGACGUGGACGUGGACAUGGACGUGGACGUGGACGUGGACGUGGACAUGGUGGUGGACGUGGACGUGGACGUGGACGUGGACGUGGACGUGGACAUGGACGUGGACAUGGACGUGGACGUGGACGUGGACGUGGUCGUGGACGUGGACGUGGACGUGGACGUGGACGUGGACGUGGACAUGGUCGUGGACGUGGACGUGGACGUGGACAUGGAGGUGGACCUGGACGUGGACGUGGACGUGGACGUGAACAUGGACUAG